AUGGAUUUUAAUGGACAGUUUUAUGAUACACCAAUCAUCCUAGGGAGACCAUUUUUGCAUACAGCAAAGAUGAAUAUUGAUUUUUCCACAAGUAUUACGAAAAUUUCAUGUGGAGAUCAAUCAGUAGAAAUUAAAAUUUUUGAGGUAUCAAAUGAUCUUAAGAAAUCCCAAGUAUAUGAUUGUCAUAUCAUAGAUCUUCUAGAUGAUUUUGAUGAUCCAGAUGUUAUUGAUAACUGUGUGCUGGAAGAAUUAGAGGAAAUAGAGAAUAUAAAUUUGGAAGAAAAGAAAGAGGAAGAUCAUCUGAAUUUAGAGUUGAAACCUCUUCCCUCUAGUUUAAAAUAUAUGUUUUUGGAGGAAAAUAAUUCAUUUCCUAUUAUUAUUGCAGCUGAUUUGAGUGAUGAACAGGAAGAAGAAUUAUUAGAUGUACUUUGAAAAAAUAAGAAGGCUAUAGGCUGGAAAAUGAAUGAUCUAAGAGGCAUUGAUAUGAAUGUAUGCAUGCAUAGUAUAUAUCUAGAGGAGGGGGCUAGAACUAGCAUGGAACCACAACGAAGAUUAAAUCUUAACAUGAUGGAAAUUGUAAAAAAAGAAUUUUUAAAGUGGUUGGCUGUUGAUAUUAUUUAUCCUAUUUCAGAUAGCAAAUGGGUUAGUCCUACACAAGUGGUGCCAAAAAAAUCAGGGAUCACGGUUAUAAAAAACAAAAAUGGAGAUGAAAUACAAACAAGAUUAACUACCGGUUGGAGGGUUUGCAUUGAUUAUAGAAAAUUAAAUUCAGUUACUAGAAAAGAUCAUUUUCCCCUACCAUUUACUGAUCAAAUUCUAGAAAAAUUAGCUGGAAAAAACUUUUUUUGUUUUCUGAAUGGAUACUCUGGUUAUAAUCAAAUUUAUAUAAACCCUUUAGAUCAAGAAAAAACAACUUUCACUUGUCCAUUUGAUACUUUUGCUUUUAAACGCAUGCCUUUUGGUCUAUGUAAUGCUCCAGCCACAUUUCAAAGAUGUAUGCUGUCUAUUUUUUCUGAUAUGAUUGGAAAAUGCAUGGAAAUUUUUAUGGACGAUUUUUCUAUUUUUGGUGAAUCAUUUGAUGAAUGCUUAAAUCAUUUACAGCAUGUACUUGAGAAAUGCAUAGAGAAAAAAUUAGUUUUGAGUUGGGAGAAAUCACAUUUUAUGGUUAGAGAGGGAGUUGUGUUGGGUCAUAUUGUGAGUGAAAGGGGUUUAGAGGUGGAUAGAGCAAAAAUUGAUAUUAUAUGUAAAAUGAAACCUCCAAAUUCAGUAAAACAGAUUAGAUCUUUCUUGGGCCAUGUAGGUUAUUACAGAAAAUUUAUUCAAGAUUUUUCGAAAAUUUCUAAACCUCUCACCAUGCUAUUAUCUAAAAAUGUGCCUUUUAAUUUUGAUGAGAAAUGUUUUGAGUCUUUUUCUGAAAUAAAAAGAUUACUUACUGAGGCACCCAUUUUACAAGCUCCUGAUUGGUCCCUUCCCUUUGAAAUAAUGUGUGAUGCAUCGAAUUAUGCAAUGGGGGCCGUUCUAGGACAAACAAAAGAGUCAAAACCCAUAGUAAUUUCAUAUGCUAGUAAAACUAUAUCCGAUGCUCAAUUAAAUUAUACCAAGACUGAAAAAGAGUUGUUAGCUAUAGUAUUUUCGUUAGAAAGGUUUAGAUCAUAUAUUUUGAGAGCUAAAAUUAUUAUUUAUACUGAUCAUGCAGCAUUAAAAUAUCUAUUAAAUAAGAAAGAUGCAAAGCCACGUUUAUUAAGAUAG